AUGUUUCCAUUUUCCAGUACUGCUCUGAAUUUGAGUUGUCGCAGCAUUCGCCGGGUUGCAUUGAGAAGAAAUCACCACAAAGCUGGUCCAACCUUCCAGCAUAAAUAUGGUAACAUGAUCUUGGCAUCUGGAACUGUAUUCUGCACUGAUGUCUGGGCAUGCAUUGCAACACAAAUUGUGAUUGUUUGGAACUUUUCUGCAGUUGACAUGAUUACUCCCAAAAAAUGGAGACCUAGCCUUUUUCUUUGA